UCGCAAUUCGAUUCAGUUGGUGCGGUAAAUGUGGCCUCAUCUUGCAAUUUACGAGUAUCCAUCCGUUACUUGCAAUACUUUGACAUCAAGCGAUAAAUUAUAAACGCAAGCUGCGCUCAUAAACGCGUGUUUCGAAUGCUUUUCGACCAGUUUCAACAUCCGCCGUACGCGUUCGAAAGCUUUCCCCGAACGGCACGGAAUAUUUCCUGCCGCCGUACCGUGAGAAGAGGUCAAUGAACCGAGCGGAGGUCUACAUACAACCUAGUUCGCGAAUCGCUAGCCGCUGCUACUGCCGUUCGCUGCCGUCGUGUGCCGUUUGUUUCCACUCUCUUCUCGUUGGUGGAACGCUUUUCGCCGCGUUGGCCCUCCACUCCCACGAAACGGUAGUGUGCAAAAAAAUAGGGCGCAAGUGUCCCUUUUAGCUCCGACCCUAAAAGUGCAUUUUCCCGUCUGCGGCCGGGGUGCCGCUGCUCGUUUGCCCAAAUGACAGUGCAGUUAAAGGCAAAGUGCACCCUGUCCGGUGCAUCCCCGUGACACGUUCUCCGUUGUACCCGCGUUCCCUUUCGGUGCCGAAGUCGUUACGCGAGACGACGGGAAAAACGGGGCAAAGUGCGAUUGUAGUGGUGUCUAGUGACGAGAGCUGUUUCGCUAUUUCGCAUCAUUCCCCGUGUGUCUGGAGCACAAAACGGCCAACAUAUAAGCGCAGCAUAAGCAUUAUUGGUGACGUAUCGGUUUGUUGUUUGUGGGUUGGCACAAGGGUGGCUUCCCUCUCCCCUUUCCCAAGUCAUCCCCUUUCUAUCGCUGCGCUGUAAGAGUGUAUGUGUGAGAGGGAAAGAGAGCAGGACGAAGCGAGAAAGCACUACCACCCGUUCGGAAUGUGGUGAGGAUGUGUGCGCGGGUGUGGUGAAUAAAUUUGACAUUUAUUUGUUAUUGACCUGAGCUGUGUGUGAGUGUGUGCAUGUGCUAGAGAAGGUUUUGCGGAAGGUGGACGAGGACGGCUGAGGUGCCAGUAGUACACACAACACCGCAACACCGCAACACGGCAGCAACCUUCCUCGGGUGGCGGCCCCGUCAACGUACUUGGCGCCCACCCCCCUCCACCCCGUUUGUUGGAGCGCAUUGAAAGGCAGCCACGGCAAACUCAGCGACCGACUCGAGGUCACCGCACGUGUGCGCGAGCGAGCGAGCGAGUGCCGUACGAGCGGCUGCAGAAGUGAAAGAGCGCGCACACGAACCUCAACGACGACGACGACGACGGCGAUGGCAAUGGAGGACAACAACAACGCACCGAGCAAGGCCUCCUUAGCAUCGAUGACGACGGCCACAGCAAGCGCACAUUGAGGCAAACGACAGCAACGACAGACGUAGCCAGCAGCCGCCGCCAGUGCUAAUCUGCCAUCCCGUGGAAAGUGAGUGUGCUAGAGAAAGGUGCUGUCCCCUGUCCGCACCACCAGCCGGUCACCAUUUCCCGGCCGUGAUUAGAAAAGUGCCGUGCCACUAACACCAACACCGCACUGUGUUCGUGUUAUCGACGCAAAUGCUGCUCGUCCGAUACCGCCGUACGCCCGUUGCCUAGCAGCGCUUCGCUGCCUCGCCUUGCCACACAGUUGCUGUGGCGGCACACACUACGGCUCUGUUUACCAUAGGGACGAUGAUGGCCGACCCGAGCACAUCCUCACUUCCCUAAGUGCGCCAUUUGUUAAGCGGCCGCCGUGUACGCGAAACGCCACGUACGGAGACGCGCUCGCGUGUGUCUACUAGAGUGUUUAGUGGUUUAGCUUACCGUGCAUUUGCGUUUGCUGCGAAAAAUCCGUGAUCCUGUGAAACACCUACACACACACCGCCGUCCGUGUGUAACGUCUCGCUAAAAACGAACAUCUCUAGCGCUGCGAGAGGAUAAACAACGGUGCUGACGGCGCGCCGUGCGCUUGUUUACGCGAAACAGUUGACGCGCAGUAAGCCCGCUGCAAGCAACAACAACAAAAGAAGCAAACGGGAAGACGGUGUAUUAGCUAGCGCGCGGGCGCCCCCCUUUUGUGCUUUGCGCAAAUUCGAAAGAAAUACCUGGAGGAGCCACCCCAAGUGAAAGUCUUUGCGCGCUCUCUGUGUGAUUUGUGAGUGUGUAUGUGUAUGUGUGUGUGUGUGUGUGUGUGUGUGUGUGACGCGGAGUGGAGGAGGCAAGCAACCCGACCGAUCAUCGUGGGAGUGAGUGUGGUGGCAUACCCACUGAACCCUCCUCCCCUGGCGGCCACCUCCUGCUCAUAGUGUGCAGGAGUGCGUUCACGUGGCCGACGCAUUUUUUUGUGUCUGCUGCAAAGUGUUUGACGCGUGCUUUUUUUUAUUCGGGCGUCCGGGAGCGCAAUGAGCGAGAGCAGGCGGAGGGACAAUGACGCAAGAAGAAGUGCUGCCCCCGCCGCACCGGCUCGAGGCCUGCUGCCGACUGUGCCUGUCCGGCGACGAGCCGCGUAGUACCAGCCUGUUCCUGUUCCCGGUGCCGCCGGGCCAUCCGGCUGGGCCGGAGGACCAUUCCCCGCCGUCGCCGUCGUCCGUCACCGAGCAGCGGCUACUCAUCGAGAUGAUACUGGAGUGCACCUCGAUUCAGAUAACCUUGGAGGAGGACUACCCGGCGAAGGUCUGCGAAAAGUGUGUCGAAACGCUAGACAAAUUUUAUCAGUACCGGAGGCGCUGUCUCGCCAACGAUCAGAUACUCCGCCUGGAGCGGUUACGCACGGGAGGCCAGCGGAAGCCGCCCAACAAUAACAAUAACAAUGAGGAGGAGAAGGAGGAGGAGGAGGAGGAGGAGCAUCGGGGGACCGGGACGGCGUCAGCACCACCACCACCAGCCCUGUUGAUGCACCGGCCAUCACCCCCCACUAGUGAAAGCAAUCACCAGCCACCGCCACAGCAUGCGUCAGCAACGCCGCCACCGGUGCCAGCGAUUAGGAUUAAGAGUGAACCGCGGGCAGAGGGUGCACAGGAGGAGGAGCAGCAUCGACCGGCGGUGGAAACCGACCCCCAGCCGGCUGCCCUCAGCACGGACGGUGGCGGCAUGUCGUCGAUUUUGCGCAGCAUUUUGUUGCAAACGCGUGAUUCCACUACGAGCCGAUCGUCCCCGAACACGGAACCGGAAUCACCGCGGCAAACGCCCCAUUUACCGCCCCACCCUGUCCCACCGGCGGGGGACAACCAGCAGCAGGCCGAAGAGCACGAAGACGAAGAGCAAGACAUUAAACCCUCGCUUUUGCAGCAGAUGCUGCUGCAGCAACAGAGAGUCUCCUCCCCUGCCAACCGGUCGCCGGCGAAAGCGGCGUCCGACACCAACGAAGGAGGGGGUGCUUUGUCGGGGAACAACUCAACGGGCAGCUGCACGUCCGCCUCUACGUCCUCGCUGCUGAAGCGCAUGUUGCUCGAUGGCAGUGGGACUGCUGGGAGUGCCCCAGCGGAGCAACAAGCACCACCACCACCGACCUCGGUCUCACCGCUGGAGGGACCCAGCGGUCAGCCACCACACCGCAGCACCUCCACGCAUCAUCUGCGCCCCACCAAACACGAACCUCCGAGUGCCACCAACACACCGUCACCGCCCGUCCAGCGGGCGAAGGACGAUGUCCUUGCGAACGAAACGCCCCUCGCAUCGCAGCUCCGCUCGAUACUGCUCCAGCACCGGGCACCACCGGACUGGGAGGGCACAACACGCACUGCCUCGAUGUCGGACGCUUCCCCGGAGCAGCAACCACCGUCCGGGCAGGAGCGCAGCUCAAAUGCAACCAGCGCCGGAGAGAAGCCGGAAGUGUCGUACGUGCGAAGUUUGUUCCUGCGCAACGAUUCCGACUCGGAGAGCGAGCCGCCACCGGUCGAGGAUCAGCGCGAGAUGCUGCUGUACGCAAUGUUCCAUGAGCUGCGGGCACGCCAACAGCAGCAGCAGCCACAACAUCAACACCAGCAGCAGGCCGGUUUCUCGUCCGACUCCGACGACGAUUCGGACGAUCUGCCGCAGGACUAUCGGCUGCCGAGCGUGCGCCGCCGCAGCACGGACUCGGUCGAAUCGCGGCCCAAGCGGCGCCGGAUGGAGUAUCCCUGUCUGCUGUGCGGGCGAUCGUUUGCCGGCAAGACGAGGCUGGUGCUGCACAUGCGCACCCACAUGAUGCUGGACGGCGGCGGUGCGGAUGGAUCGACGCUUUCGGGCGGAGGCGGAGCGGCCACUAUAUCCCUGCCGGCCGUUUCCCCUGCUGCCAUCGUUGCUGCCGGCGGCGGUGUGUUGCUGCCGAACGGGAGCGGUGGUGGUGCUAGCGAUGUGGAAGAUAUUGCUGGUCGGUUGCUUAACGCACAGCAGCAGCACCACCACCACCAUCGACACGAGGAUGCCGGCGGCUUUGGCGAGAGCAGCGUCGGCAAUGAGGACGAGAUCGAUGCGCUUGAACGGCGCUCGUACGCGUGCUACAUCUGCGGUGCGGACCAGAACAACCUAGCGCAGCUGAAGGAGCAUCUGCUGGCGGCGCACCAGGACCGGAUACGAUCGCGCGGCCGCACGCGGGAACGGCAGAAAGCGUCGAUUGCGUGCGAAAUCUGCCAGCGCUCCUUCCGCAGCCAGUUUGCGUACGGCGAACAUAUGCGCACGCACACCGGGGAGCGGCCGUUCCCGUGCGAUCAGUGUGAUAAGCGGUUCCCGCGCCGGUUCCAGCUGCUCGGCCAUCUCUACAACGUGCACAAGCAGUCCUGGGUGGCGGACGAGUCUAAAGCCAAGUUUGCGAAAAAGUAACCCCUCCCCCCCUCCUUCCUUUCCCACUCCCUAGUACCCGUCCCACCACCACUCCACGUCGCCUUCCGCUCUGUUUCCGGAGCGUUGUGUGUGUUUGCGUCUUGUUGUUGCGGUCUUGUGAGCAAAAACAAACAGACAAACAAGCAAAACUUCUUCUUCU